GGACGUGGGUCGGCCGCGAUCCAGCCCGGGCGGAGCUGGAGCUGCGAGCCACAGCCUAGAGGCCGAGAAGCUCACAGCUAUGGGCUGGAGACCCGGGAGAGCUCGGGGGUCCCCGUUCCUGCUGCUGCUACUGCUGCUGCUGCUCUGGCCCGUGCCGGGCGCCGCGGUGCUUCAAGGACAUAUCCCUGGGCAGCCAGUCACCCCCCACUGGGUCCUGGAUGGACGACCCUGGCGCGCCGUCAGCCUGGAGGAGCCGGUCUUGAAGCCAGACAUGGGAUUGGUGGCCCUGGAGGCUGAAGGCCAGGAGCUCCUGCUUGAGCUGGAAAAGAACCACAGGCUGCUGGCCCCAGGAUACAUAGAAACCCACUACGGCCCAGAUGGGCGGCCAGUGGUGCUGGCCCCCAACCACAAGGAACAUUGCUACUACCACGGGCGAGUAAGGGGCUUCCCCAACUCCUGGGUAGUCCUCUGCACCUGCUCUGGGAUGAGUGGCCUGAUCACCCUCAGCAGCAAUGCCAGCUAUUAUCUGCGACCCUGGCCACCCCCGGGCUCCAAGGACUUCUCAACCCACAAGAUCUUCCGGAUGGAGCAGCUGCUCACCUGGAAAGGAGCCUGUGGCCACAGAGAUCCUGGGGACAUAGCGGGCAUGGCCAGCCUUCCUGGGGCUCCCCAGAGCAGGGACAGGCGAGAAGCGCGCAGGACCCGGAGGUACCUGGAACUGUACAUUGUGGCAGACCACACCCUGUUCUUGACCCAGCAGCGAAACUUGAACCACACCAAACAGCGUCUCCUGGAAGUCGCCAACUACGUGGACCAGCUUCUCAGGACUCUGGACAUUCAGGUGGUGCUGACCGGUCUGGAAGUGUGGACCGAGCGGGACCGCAGCCGCGUCACGCAGGACGCCAACGCCACGCUCUGGGCCUUCCUGCAGUGGCGCCGGAGGCUGUGGGCGCAGCGGCCCCACGACUCGGCGCAGCUGCUCACGGGCCGCGCCUUCCAGGGCGCCACAGUGGGCCUGGCGCCCGUCGAGGGCAUGUGCCGCGCCGAGAGCUCGGGAGGCGUGAGCACGGACCACUCGGAGCUCCCCAUUGGCGCCGCAGCCACCAUGGCCCAUGAGAUCGGCCACAGCCUCGGCCUCAGCCACGACCCCGACGGCUGCUGCGUGGAGGCUGCGGCCGAGUCCGGAGGCUGCGUCAUGGCUGCGGCCACCGGGCACCCGUUCCCGCGCGUGUUCAGCGCCUGCAGCCGCCGCCAGCUGCGCGCCUUCUUCCGCAAGGGGGGCGGCGCGUGCCUCUCUAAUGCCCCGGACCCCGGACUCCCCGUGCUGCCCGCGCGCUGCGGGAACGGCUUCGUGGAGGCGGGCGAGGAGUGUGACUGCGGCUCUGGCCAGGAGUGCCGCGACCUCUGCUGCUUUGCUCACAACUGCUCGCUGCGCCCGGGGGCCCAGUGCGCCCACGGGGACUGCUGCGUGCACUGCCUGCUGAAGCCGGCUGGAGCGCUGUGCCGCCAGGCCAUGGGCGACUGUGACCUCCCUGAGUUCUGCACGGGCAUCUCCUCCCACUGUCCCCCAGACGUUUACCUACUGGACGGCUCACCCUGCGCCAGGGGCAGUGGCUACUGCUGGGAUGGCGCAUGUCCCACGCUGGAGCAGCAGUGCCAGCAGCUCUGGGGGCCUGGCUCCCAUCCAGCCCCCGAGGCCUGUUUCCAGGUGGUGAACUCUGCGGGAGAUGCCCAUGGGAACUGCGGCCAGGACAGCAAGGGCCACUUCCUGCCCUGUGCAGGGAGGGAUGCCCUGUGUGGGAAGCUACAGUGCCAGGGCGGAAAGCCCGGCCUGCUCAUACCGCACAUGGUGCCAGUAGAUUCCACCGUUCACCCAGAUGGCCAUGAAGUGACCUGUCGGGGAGCGUUGGCCCUCCCUGGUGCCCAGCUGGACCUGCUUGGCCUGGGCAUGGUAGAACCAGGCACCCAGUGUGGACCUAGAAUGGUGUGCCAGAGUAGGCGCUGCGAGAACACCGCCUUCCAGGAGCUGCAUCGCUGCCUGACUGCCUGCCACAGCCAUGGGGUUUGCAAUAGCAACCAUAACUGCCACUGUGCUCCAGGCUGGGCUCCGCCCUUCUGUGACAACCCAGGCUUUGGUGGCAGCACGGACAGCGGCCCUGUGCAGCCUGAAAACCGUGACACCUUCCUGCUGGCCAUGCUCCUCAGUGUCCUGCUGCCUCUGCUCCCAGGGGCUGGCCUGGCCUGGUGUUGCUACCGACUCCCAGGAGCCCAUCUGCAGCGAUGCAGCUGGGGCUGCAGGAGGGACCCUGCGCGCAGUGGGCCCAAGGAUGGCCCACACAGGGACCACCCCCUGGGCAGCGUUCACCCCGUGGAGUUGGGCCCCACAGCCACUGGACAGCCCUGGGCCCUGGGCCCCGAGAACUCUCAUGAGCCCAGCAGCCACCCUGAGAAGCCUGUGGCCCGCAGUCCCGCCUGACCCCCAAGCAGAUCAAGUCCGGAUGCCAAGAUCCUGCCUCUGGUGAGAGGUAGCUCCUGAAAUGAACAGAUUUAAAGACAGGUGGCCACUGACAGCCACUCCAGGAACUUGAACUCCAGGGGCAGAGCUAGUGGAUCACUGGACCUCCAGCAGCUUCAGGCAGCUUGGAAGUUUCUUCCCCGAGUGGAGCCCCGACCCACCUACUCCAGGAACCCAGAGCCACAUUAGAAGCUCCUGAGGGCAAGGGGACACUGCUGAGCACACUCUCCAGCUCAAUAAUCCAUCAGUCCCAGAAGCAAAGGUCACACAGCCCCUGACCUCCGUCACCAGUGGAGGCUGGGUAGUGCUGGCCACCUGAAAAGGGUUCUGUCCUGGGAGCCUGGUGCGUCUCCUACAUGCAAUUUCCACAGACACAGCUCUGUGGAGGGCAUGACUGCUGGCCAGAAGCUAGAGGUCCUGGGGCCCUAUGGUUUCACUGAGUUCCCACUGCCCUGGAGCCUGGCCCCUGCAAACAAACAUAAUUUUGGGGAUCUUCCUUCCUGUUUCUUCCCACCUUGUCUUGUCCCCUGGGUGGUUCCUCAGCCUCCACCCACAAUCCCAGUGCUGCACCCGAGGUUCUGGAGCUCAGAGUCUGACAGCCUCUCCCCCAUUCUGUGUAUGGGAGGGGACAGAGGGAGCCCUUUAAGAAAAGAUACCAAAGUAGAAGUCAGAAGAAAGGCACGUUGGCUAAGUGUGGUGGCUCAUGCCUAUAAUCCCAGAACUUUGGGAGGCCGGGGUAGGAGGAUCACUAGAGACCAGGAGGACCACACCAGCCGGGGCAACAUAGCAAGACCCUGUAUCUAAAAAAAAAAAUUAACAUUAACUGGGCAUGGUGGUGUGUACCUGUAGGCCUCGCUGCUCAGGAGGCUGAAGCAGGAGGAUCACUUGAGCCUGAGUUGAACACUGCAGUGAG